AAUAUUUCUUCCAAAACUGUGCUCAAUAAUUCAAUAAGUACCUACAUCAAUUUUUAAUCCACACUUACCAACACUUGAUUCAAGAAUCCAACCCCAAAAAAUCGUUAAUCUUACGACCGCUGCCCUAUGGAUCAAUAGCUACAUCGACAACGAACGGCGACCUAAGGAAGCAAAAUAUCAUUUAUAUUUUAGACGUUUAUGACCUGAUACUCGUGUGCAAAAUAAUGUGCUGUGUUCAAGUGUGAGUAAGGCUGUGAAUAUGAGUGGGUUAGGGCCUCCAAGUGUGUGGGCAGCUCAAAAGAGAUUGGAGUCGUGGGCCAGGGCUGCAAGGGAGAGGACCUCGAGUGCUAGCAGUGGACAAAGCCAUAACUCUACUGAUAGUUUUGGUGAUGACAAGUCACAUGGGAGCCCUAGUGAAAUGUUGAUUGCUAAGGAGCACUGUCGUGUUCAGCCUCUGUCUGAAACCAGGACUGCCUCGUCGUUGCCUCACGCGAGGCUCGCCCGGACACCUUCCAUAUCCUCACAGAGCAGUCUGGACAGUGGAACCUCGAGAGCAACUAGUCACCGCGGAUCAUCACCAGCUAUCCGCACUUUUGCACCGGACGGGCGCACGCUAGAGGCUGGUGGCAUGAGUAUGGCCCGCUCGCCGAGUCCGCUCCGCGCGGCCUCGCUCGACGUCCGUGCCGCUCCGCUUGGCUCGCUCGCCUCACUUGCAGACUCACCGGCUCCACCCAGUCCAAGGCAUGCACCACCAAGAUGCUUAUCGCCGCUUCUGGUACCACCCAGAAGAAUAGAUCGCAGCAAUUCCUUAGUCGAAAACAGCAGCGGCGCUGGCCCUUUGAGUCCUGGAGGUGGUGCCACCAUUAGCUCCCUCGGGGCCCUGCAGCCAGAUCUCUACACGAAGCGGGAGGCUCCGCUCGUUAUUGAACUCGAAGGCUCAGGUCCCUCUUUAGGAAGGAUACAUUUACGACUGAAGUACGAUUUCGAUCGAUCGGAUUUAGAAAUUCAUUUAAUUGAAGCUCACGACCUUGCAGGCUAUGACGCCGGUGGAUUCAACGACCCUUACGUGCGCGUUACCCUCAUACCCGAAGUGGACACGAGGGUCCGACAGACCCCUGUGCACAGGAACGAGGCUAACCCGUUCUUUGAUCAACACUUCAAGUUCCCAGUGUCCCAUGACGAACUCAGCGAUAAGACGUUGUUGCUUCAAGUUUUUGAUUACGACAGGUUUUCACGAAAUGAAGUAAUGGGUUCAGCAAGAGUGCCAUUGUCUAAAGUGGAAGUAGCAGGUGGAGCCGAAGUGUGGGCAGAACUAUCUCGAGAGCGACGGCCGCCAGAAGAGCUGCAAGAGCUGUUGCUGUCUCUGUCUUACCUGCCGUCAGCUGAACGUCUCACCGUCGUGGUCUUGAAGGCACGGAAUCUUCUGCCGCCGCAAGAAGGGAAAGAUGCUCUAGAUGUCUGCGUUAAGGUGUAUCUGCUCGUGAAUGGGAAACGUGUGAAGAAAAAGAAAACAAAUAGAAAGGAGAUCAGUAAUCCAGUGUGGAACGAGGCUCUGUCCUUCAGCCUACCGUCUGCUAACUUACACGAGGCUUCGGUCGAGAUUUGUGUGGUGACGGGCGGUAGUAACAAUCUGGUGGUAGGAUGGUGCUGCGUGGGAGCUGCAGAACCGGCCGCCGAAGGUCGCCACUGGGCUCAGAUGUCCCAAGAAACGCGCAAAGCUGUCGCCAUGUGGCACACCCUUAGAUAAACCAUCGUUAACUAUCAUCAAAAAUUUCUAAGUCAAGAUCAAAUUAAACAAUAACCUUCCUUCCAACCGCGCUGUAGUUCUAUUUUUCAAGUACCAAAAUGGUCGGCAGUUGCAAUUGACGUACAAUUAACAAAUACUCCCAAUCGUCUAUUAAAGGGUCGUCAAAAAAUGGUCAAACGGCAUUACAAUGGCCUACAAAUUAAUUUAUACUUACAGAUAAUAUUUAAACAUUAAUUUAAAUUAACACCUUAUUUUGUGGUAGUUAUGUUCAAAGUUUACGAAAUCACGCGCGAGACGGACGCGAACAUGAUGCAAGAACAUUUUGUUUCAGCGGUUGAAAUGUAAUUAUUUAGCAAAAUGAUUAAAAAUGUCAAGUUAAUUACAUAAUUUAUCGUUGCGUGGCGUUGUAUUCAAAGCGCAGUCGAAACACAACUGAACGAAAAGUUGUAGGCAGAGUUUUGCUUCAGACAUUUUUUGAGCGUGAUUGUGAGUCUAGUUGUUUAUUAUAGGGGAAGUUGAAACAAUUUUCACAUUUAUCAAAUAUUUGAUAAAUGUGAAGUUGUAACUCAACUUGUUUCAACCUCAUACCGAGGUAAGAUGAAGCAGAGGUCGAAGAGAGUUGAAACAUAUGAUUUUUAAAAAAGUAUUAAAGACUGUAAAUUGAAAGUGGUGAUAUAAUUUGGUGGUAUUUAUUAAAAUUAAACUUUUCAAGUACGAAACACACUUUGUUCAGUUUGUAACUCGACGAAGUGAUUCAAAAGCGAUGCUACCAACUCGAUAACUGUUCUCAGAAAUCGGUACAGUUUCAAAUCACCUUUGUUUCAUAUCUCCUCGGUUACUCCCCUACGUCAAUGGCGGUUGCAGAGAUAUUGACACUUGUUGAAACGUCAGUUGAACUGUUUACUAGAUUCUUUCAUUCGCUAUAUUUUCUUGGUACCAACCCUAUCAUACGCUAUUUUAUUCUUGGUAAACUGGGCUAUUUUAGCAGUAUUCUCUAAUCAACGUGAAAUAUACAUACGCACAGAUCCAUCUUUCACUAAACCUGUGAAAUUUUUCUCCAUAAACUGGUGCAACCAAUUUUAUUUAUACUUUAAAAUGUAUGUUUGGAAAUUCCUCUUCGACGACUCCGCAACGUCUAAUGCAAAUGGGCUGUUUGGUGGACAAACACGUGGAGAUAACUCUUGAAAUUUCAUUAUUUUAUUGCCAACGGUCAUUGUUCCAUUCCUCUCAGUAAAUAUAAGAUCAGUCGAAGUGACAAUUGUUAAUAUUUUAAAUAAAGUUUUUAAUAUGAUCCGCCAUGAGUUGGGGGAACAACCUACCAAGAAAAUGCCCACAUAUAAAUACGUCAAUAUGAUACAAUCAUAAACUAGCUUAUAACAUUUAAAGUUCGCUCUAGAAUAAAUCAGAUUUAAAUAAGAAAGAUGUACGCUCUUCAUAUAAUAGUAUUGAUUUAAUGUGUUUCUUUUCAAGAUGCUAUGUUGUAGAGUCUAGACUUUUCCCGAAUCCGGACUAUAAUCAAAGUUCUUUAUCAGAAUGUAUCUACUGUUGUUCAGUACCAUUUAGGGGCGGAUUUAUAUGAGGACUAAUAAAGCUUUGUGGAUAUAAAGGGCCUCAAAUGCCAUUAAAUUGUACAAAUUAAGAAAAAUAUGUACAGAAAACCACCAAUUGAUUUACGCAUAUAUUUUGCAACCAUAUGUACCCUACUAACUGCUGGGCAUUUACUUGUCUGAGUCAUACAUAUAAGUAAGUAAGUAGGUAGUAUCUACUACCCUAGGGCCCUACAAACCAGGGUAUUGGUCCACCCCUGGUACCAUCCAAAAUUUAUAAGGUCAUAUUUCAGGUGAUAUAUUAUCAUGUAGUAGUUGUAUCAGGCUAUUAAUGUCUCUUUGUAGUUCAAGUGUUUGAAGAAUAUUGCAAUAGUUAUAAGCCUGUGUGUAUCCUUCUUAAAUCCUGACUGUGGGUAAUUAAUGUUGUUGUAAUAAUAUUAUUGAAUUACUAAAUGUUUAUGAAUGGGCUAGUAUCGAGAGAUGAUAAUACCAUCAGUCAUAAAAACUUAAAAAUAGCAUGUCCAUUUUAUCAUAGGUUAACUAAUACGGUUCCACGCGCACCUGUCUAGUGGAUUGAAUUAUUGUGAACUGUUUCUACGAUGUCUCCUGGUGAUAAUGUCAUGAGAUCUUCCAAAGAUAACGCGAACUCCUGAGGGACAUUCCAAGUAGGUUAUUCGUCCGAAAAGCGGCAUGCUUCGUAAGCUCGAAAGGUAACUGAACUAAACCUUAUAGAAAAGCUUACGCGUCUAAGCAGUGAAAGACAAAAAAUAAUAGAUUCAUAUCUAAUGAUAAGAAUUUUUGUCUUUCACUGCUAUUCAGGACAUAACCUAAAAGGCGGUCUCUUUUGUGUAGGUACUUAUAAUAUGUAUGUUUAUGAAUGAAGUUAAUUCCAAACUUUAGAUGUUAAUAAAAAAUUAUAAAUGUGCUCACAAUUCGUUAAUUUAAUAAUGAGUUAAAUGGGACUUUUAAAAACAUGUUUAUGAUAGACGUCUGAACUAGGUAUUUGGUACCUACCUAAUAUAUGUAUUAUGAUUUUUAAUGAUUUAAAUAUUAAGACAGAGCUUUUAUGACACCAAUUAAAUCUUAUGAAGUUAUAGAUUUCUAUGAGAGUUUAUUGUUAAAAUGGGUUUAAAACACAUAUUUUUCAAGUAGAAGAUUCUAGAUGUACCCUCUACCCACAGUCGCUGUCUUGUCACAACGUGUACCUUAUUGUGUCUAGUUAUUAUGUGAUCUCUUUACUUUUUAAGAUUUCUAUAAAUAUAUCGAAUUUGAUUCCAAAUUAUACGUAUUUUUGUCUAAAUGUGUAUCAAUGUGAAUGAAUAUUUUCUUGGUAUUUUCUUUUACAAUGUCUGAAUAAAGUAUCUUGUAAGA